AUGUCAGAUUCUGGUCAGCAACAGCGCCGUCAACCUCCUAGUCCUCUUGUAUUUUCUCCAGAAGCUAUUCUAUCGCCUCCAGCCUCCCAGACCAGCCAGCAGGGCUCUGCGUCUAAUGGCGCAAAUACCGUCUCCAUGCCUUUCGUCAGGCGUCAUGUCACUCGGAGGCUUAAAGCUGCCAAGGCUGAAUGUGACAAAGAGCUUCAGCGCGUCACCAACAACAUCACGACAUUUUUUGAAGAGCGUCUCAAGGAUCAUGAGUACGAAACCGAGCGGGAUAGAGACAGAGAUUCCCAACUCGGUGACUUCGACCAUUUACGGGAUCAGUUUGCAUUCCAGCCUCUUGAUAUCAAUCGGUCUGCUCUUCAGACAGACGAGUCUAGUUCCGAAGGUGGAUACGAAGCAGAACAUGAAUAUCAUAGCCGGCACAGUCGUCAACCGUCCUCAACAUCCGCCUCAAUGAGUCCCAAUUCUCAUCGCAGUAGGCAACAACAGAAUAUCCCAUGGGAAAGGCCUUUGUCUGCAUCCAUGUCAUCAGGAGUCAUCUCUUCCUCACCUGGCAGCUCAACCGUCAUGCUUCCCGAAGCACCGCUCACUCGUAAGCAAAGCUCCGCUGCACCCACAUCAUGGAGUUCGCAGAACCUACCAUCACGGCGAUUAUCGCGCACGAUACACAUUCCUUCCCGACCACCUCGCUCUGGUCAGAGUUCUCGUUCUACUUCUCGUUCUCGCUCCCCACUACCGCCUCUUCAAAGUCACGCGUCGUUCUCUGAAUAUCCUGUCUCGUCUUCCUCCAGCAAUCGUCGCUCCUCUCGGAUACUCAUUGACGACCCGGUGGAUCCCAUCAUGACUACCCUGUAUGAGCUUAUCGGCGUCGCCACUGAUAUCACGGAUAUGUCUGUUACACAAAUCACGGCGCAACCCAAAUGCUGCGAGGCACUUGUGCAGAGAGUACAAAAUAUCGGAAAAGCAUGGGAAGAACAUCCUGAUUGGCACGGACGAAAUUGGUACGUGCAGGUACUUCUCGCUGUCGCCAGUCUUAGUCGUGUAGUGGAAUGGUGGGAGGCUGAAAAACAGUUCUGGAACUUUGACGACAAUCAGAAUGAACUGGAUGAACCCUUGACCUUUGUGAUGAAACCCGCGGAUGAGUUUGCAGUUCCAGCUCCUACGCCAACCCGGAGAACAGAGCCUUCCGAGCUAGAAGACUUUAGGCUCAAUCACGAUAAUGACAACAAGCUGCGUUUACAUCGGCCCACUAGCCAUAAUCGGAAAUCCAGAGAUGAGCAUCCCAAAACACUCUCUGCCUCGACUGCCCAUUCUCAAGAGCAUUUGGAACACGAAGGCCGUUCUGCUUCCAAGUCACACGAUAAUGCAGAAUCUGCGAGGGUGUUGGCAACGGAGCGGUUAAGGCUACAAGCUGAAACGGCUCAGAAUCAAAAUAUCGUUUUGGAACUUAGUCUAGAUGGAGAACAUCUCAUCUGGAUCAAUUACGCUUGGAGCGUCGUUGUUGGCUCGGAGCCAGAAGAUCUUUUUGGGUCUCGUGUCUCACAAUUUUUGCACCCAGCAGAUACUCAGGUGUUCGAUACUGCGACGCAGCGUCUCCUUGAGGAUGAUUCUCAUACUGUUGAAGCUAGAUUCAGACUCCGUGUGGAGCCUGAAGGUGAUCGCGAACCUCCUGCAGGACAGGCUCUCUUUCAGCAAAUGGAAGGCAAGGGUAUGCUCAUGAUUGAUCGUGAGGACGGUGAACCUUCUCAUACUAUGUGGGUCAUCAAACCCAUUGCGCCCCCUCGGUAUGAGCUCGAGUCUCCUGCCAUCACGCUAGUUUCUGCAGGGGAUAUCGAACCAGACGAAAUUCCUGCAUCUGCAGAUGUUAGCUACAUAGAUGCUGGGCAAGAUGUUCCCGAAACGCCUUUCCCUUUCCCGCAACCUAUCAUUACUGAUCCCAUCCUCUGCCGCAUUUGCGAGUGUCAUAUUCCCCAAUGGUACUUCGAAAAGCACAGCGAGACUUGCGUGGAAACACAUCGAUUGGAAGCUGAAAUUGGAGAGUGCAACGAGACCAUUCAGGAGCUACGCAACACUAUUCGCGAUCUUAUUCUUGCUAUGGACCGCUCUUCUCCCGCUACUCCUCCGGAAUACCGUGGCAUGCCUAUUUUCUCCCCGUCAUCAUCUCCCAUCCUCUCCUCCCCGCUACAUCUAUUCCGCGCGAACAAGAUGCAAAAGUUCGGUGUAAAGAAAAUGCAGCGACGAUUACUUGAUCAGUUGGAUGAUAUAUUACAAGUGGCUGCAGAGGUGUCUGUACCUUCGUUGAAGGAGGAAGAAGCUAAAGAGCCUAUUGAACGACAGAGGUUACUCUCACCGGGGUCGGAGAGAAAAAUGUCACAGAUCAGGAAUUGGUGUAAGCCUAUCGCUGAAGAUUCUGCACUCGGUCAAUUGGCACAGGAUGUGGAGAGGGUAAUGAGACAGAAGAUGGACACUGUGGUCAGAAUGCAGAAUACCAUUCGUUAUUCUGAAAAAAUCUGGCAUGAGUGGGAAGAGAGGGUUGUAGCUCACCUCGCUACAUACGCUGAUGAUAGCAGUGAUAGUGAAAGUAGCUCAGAUGAAGAGGAAGGUAACAUGCAUGGCCCAUCAGGAACACGCGAGGAUGAAUGCGACGACCAUUCUAGUACCAAAUCUGAAUAUGCCUUCAGUGGCGAGUACAGCAGCUCAGGUCCUACCCCUCUAGCUCCUUCUCCUGCCCCUAUGGCUGUAAGUGCGGAAUUUCGACCUAGUUCUGCCAUUUCCAUGGCGUCUAUGUCUUAUGGUGCUCGUUCACUGCAUACACGUUCCUCGACGCCCUCAUCUGUGUCAUCUCCUCUUGCCCUCGCGGCGCCAAUUGUUGCACCCUCUUCACCAGAUGUCCCAGCGAUGAAUCUAGAUGGACCUAGCACAAGUACUAAGCUAACAAUCACGACUCGUAAAUCCUCUUCCAGCCUGUUGGAGCCCAAGUUCAUCGUAACUCCCCCGGCCUCACCACAAAUACUCGCUCGUGAUGCACUAACUCGAGAGUCGUCAACAAAGCGCGGUCAUCGCCGACAUUCCACUAUCAACCCGAUCACCAGUCCUCCAGGCCCGGGUGGUGGCGGGCCUCUGUCUCCGCGAAACCCUUCUGUAGCACCUUUAUCGCGGACUACACCAACGUCGAUAAAAGACUUCGAUAUCAUCAAACCCAUCAGCAAAGGUGCUUUUGGGUCAGUAUUCCUCGCACGAAAAAAGGCGACUGGUGAUUAUUAUGCUAUCAAAGUACUGAAGAAGGCCGACAUGAUUGCGAAGAAUCAAAUCACUAAUGUCAAAGCGGAACGGAUGAUUUUGAUGAAGCAAGCCGAAUCACCUUUCGUGGCCAAACUAUAUUUCACCUUUCAAAGCAAGGAAAAUUUAUAUCUGGUCAUGGAAUAUUUAAAUGGUGGCGAUUGUGCUGCGCUUAUCAAGACUCUUGGUGCUCUGCCGGAGGAAUGGACAAAGCAAUAUAUAGCUGAAGUUGUUUUAGGAUUGGAGUAUCUUCAUCAACGAGGUGUUGUCCAUCGUGAUCUCAAGCCCGAUAACCUACUCAUUGAUCAACAUGGUCAUUUGAAGCUUACAGACUUCGGACUCAGUAGGAUUGGUUUACUGGGUCGGCAGACUCGUGAAAGUCAGAUUGGUCGCCCUUACACGAGAUACAGCUCUCGGUCUCGGCCACCCUCUUUAGACUCAGCGUACUUGUCGUCCCCAUUGUUCAAUGACCUUAAUGGCGGAGGUUCGUACUUCAGCCAACGCACACAAGCGGUUCCGCGCUUUGGAAGCUCCCCUUAUCUCUCUUCUACAGAUGAUGUUGGCGAAUCUAGUGGAUCUGAAUCUGUCGGAUAUACCACCCGGCGUACGGGCAAAGCUGCCGAAAGUCCCUUGCAGUCUUUCGCAACGGAACUCACGACUGAUUUGAGAUCACACUCGCAUUCACAAUCCAACUCGAACUCUACAGGUGGCACGCCCCCAGGUGAACAAAAGUUUGUUGGUACACCGGACUAUCUGGCUCCAGAAACCAUUCUUGGUCUUAGAGGAGAUGAUGCAGCGGUUGAUUGGUGGGCCCUUGGAGUCAUCACCUAUGAAUUUCUCUAUGGCAUCCCGCCAUUCCACGAUGAGACACCUGAGAAAGUAUUCGAAAACAUUCUCUCGGGUCAUAUCGAAUGGCAUGAGGAAUGGGUUGAUUUUUCCGAUGAAGCACGUGAUUUUAUGGAGAAGCUGUUGGUGACUGACCCAUCUGCUCGUCUUGGGGCUAACGGUGCAGAAGAAGUCAAAGCCCACCCCUUCUUUGCUACUAUCGAAUGGGAUAAAGUCACCACCACUGAGGCUGCAUUCAUUCCGCAGCUCAAUGAUCCGGAAUCCACUGACUACUUUGAUGCUCGUGGGGCCGUACCUAUGCUCUUCAAAGACGACGAGGAAGGCCAAAGCGCGGCCGUGACCCAGCCAUCCGCUUUGAAUAGUCCAAUAAUCGAUUCUUCGAUGCCACCUCCAUCCAUGCCUGUGCCGAUUGGCGGUGGUGGACGAGACACGGCGACUUCAACACCUAGUGAUGAUUUUGGUUCGUUUAGCUUCAAAAACCUUCCAAUCCUCAAACAAGCCAAUGACGAUGUGAUUCGGAAAUUGAAGACGGACCAAAUGGUGCCACUCACUCACGCUAUCUCCGAAUCCACAGGACUCCACAAUCGUAGGAAGAGUGUUUCUCAUCGUAUCAAGAAACCUCCCAGUGUUGUGACGACGAUGGAGCCUUCAUCACGGAUCUUGGCUACUGGACCCCCUUCUCCCGCAACGUCGACGUCCUCAAUUGCUUCGUCACCGUCUCGAUCAAGUCUACCUCCUUCCACGCCUGGCACAGGGAGUGGUACUCAUGCUCGCAAACCGUCUGAAUAUGGCGCCGUCGAACGGUUCAAGCAGAGCCAUCUGGAGGGUGUUGAACGACGGAAUUCUAUGCCAAGUCGUUUGAGAACUGCAUCAGUCUCUAGUGCUGGAGAUGGGUCAGGAUCAGAAACAUGGAAUUCUUCAGUCGGACACGGGACUAUCAACACUCCACCCUCAUCUGUUCACUCUAUAGACCUGCGAAAAGGCCCUGAUCCCAAUGAUCGUGCUGUGACCUGCCUGUUAGCCGAAGACAACCCGAUUACUGCCAAAAUCAUUGAAACGUUGCUGAUCCGUCUUGGGUGUAGAUGUGUAGUAGUUGCUGAUGGAUCUGAGGCGAUCAGUGUCGCAAUGGGUGAUAUUAAAUUUGACUGUAUCUUAAUGGAUCUGCACAUGCCAGUACUUGAUGGCGAGGGUGCGGCGCGAUAUAUCAAAAGUACCAAUAGCAAGAACACGAACGCUCCCAUCAUCGCUAUCAGCGCAUAUAGCGCAGCCGGUGAACAGGGUGACUCCAACAACCUUUUUGCUGCCUCAUUGGCGAAGCCUUUGCAAAAAGCUGAUUUAAUUGCCGUUUUUCGACAGCUAGGCUUCAAAACAACAACGAUGCAGGGACCCAACUCGACAAAAGUCAUGGCAUCCCAUAGUAUCGCUGUUUCAUGA